GCCAGGGCCGGGCCCCGGGCCAGAGCCGGGACCAGAACCAGAACCAGAACCGGGACCGCGACCGGUGUCGCUGUCCCGAUCUCCACCCGUGGAAAGGUCCUGGGCAGGAUGAACCCCUGAGCAGCUCGGCUUGAGCUCGGUGGUAGCCCCAUUCCGGUCACAAGGCUCAGCUGCAUGACCCACAAAGAUCCCUUUGGCUAAAUUAGUCCCUGAUUCCACCAAGUAUUUCCUGAAUUCAUGAAAAACAUUUGGUUAACGUUUAGAAAUGUUUUUCAGCGUGCUCGUGGGUUUUUAAUUUUUUUUUCCCUUUCUUUUUCCUGGAAACAUUUAUUUCUUUAAAACAUAUUUAAUUUGAUUAAAACUAGACAAACAAACAAUUCAGAACCCUGAUAAUGAGUAAAAUGCGCCAUUUUUGGUCAAGAAAAACAUUCUGUUCAAUCCUGCAAGACUUUUAACAGAUCUUUUCUCUAUCUCUGCUGAAAAAAUGUAAUAGCCUUGGUUUUGACUGAUCCAAAUACACUUUUAAUGUCCUUGCAGCACAGGCGAAUUGAAGGAAGGCUAGGUACGUAUUUUACUUUCAGUAUUAACUCCUGCAGUAUUUAGUCCUUUACUCCUCAGGGUGGCUGAGGACUGGCUGUGGGUUCCAGAGCUUCUCCCUUUUCCUUCCACGUUCUCUUAUCUCACAGUGUGGGAUGUGGGGCCAUGUGGCCGUUGGAGCUGACCCACCCUCUGUUUACACUCCUGAGACACCAAGAGAGGCUGUGCUGCAGUAAGAAGAGGGGAUUUUUUUGACGGCACUCAAAAAAUUUAGAAAUGCUGAAGGGGAUUCUCCUAAUGGUGCAUUAUAAGGAAGUUAACAGUAAUAGAGGGUGUUCAGUGGUUUCUGAAUGUGAGCUGGGGAGAAGCAGGCUGGAGCAGUUCUGUCACUUGCAGAUGAAGUGUUUUCUAGUGUACCCACAGGCUGCAGACAGUCCUCACCCUGCAGAACUGGCACAGAAUAUAUUGUGCAAUAUUGGGAGUGUUUGAACCUCUUUAUGCGAACAGCAGAGGGUCAAACCUGGAAUAACUUGUUUGUUUUAAUUAUUGUGUGUUAAAAGAAAUUGGUCUGCAAAUGAAAAUCUUGACUGCAGUCUACCCGGGCUAGAGGUGCUCUGCAAAUGGCAGCGUUUUAAUCCACACUGGAUCCUUCGCCUCCCUGUGUAUCAGCCCUGACGUGCCAUGAGUGCCUCACCCCUGCCUUUUGUGGUUGGAGCAAACACUGUGGAAGAGCAGCGGGCUCGAUGGGAGAGGAAGCGCAGCAGGACAGCCAAGGAACUGCUGAAAACGGAGCACAAAUACCUUGAGCAGCUGGAUUUGGUGCUCACAUACUUUGUGACAAUUUUAAAGGCCAAAGGGACUCUGAAACCUGCUGUGUUGGAAACUAUAUUUGGACCCCUGGAGUCCUUAUAUUCAGCCAGCCAUGUUCUGUCACUUCACCUGGAGAAAGGGAAUUUGGGAUCGGGACUAGAAAAUUUUUGUCAUAGUCUGGAUCUUUAUGGCCACUAUGCUGAGAAUUUGGAGCAGGCAAAUAAAACCUUGAAGGAGCAAGUGAGAAAAAAUAAGUCAUUCCGGCGGUUUAAGAAACUCCAGGAGACUCGACCUCAGUUUCAAGGGAGGGAAUUAGAGGAUCUGCUUCCUUUGCCCCUGCAGAGGCUGCACCAGUACAAGCAUUUCUUCAGAGAUCUGGUGGAGAACACCAGCCCAAACACUGCUGAGUACCAGAAACUUGCAAGGGCUGUGAAAUCUGUUUGUGAUGUAUCUGACUGGGUCCAAGACAUCUUUGAUAAGAGAGAGAACUCCUUGCAGCUACUUCGGGUUCAGAAACUGCUCAAAGGACAAAAGACUCAGGUUCUGACUCCAGGACGCUGGUAUAUCCGGGAAGGCUGGCUUUUGGUGGUGCCUUCCAAGGGAGAAGAGCUGAAGCGCAGAAUGUUCUUCUUGUUCUCUGAUAUCCUCGUUGCAGCGAAGCCCUGCCACCCACUGCACCUGCUCAACUCCAACAAGCUGUCCUGCCAAGCUGUCUACCCGCUCCACCAGUGCUCAGUGGAUAAAGUGUUUGGCCACACAUGGAGCCAGGGAGGGCUCCUCAGUCUCUCCUUUCCACUCAAGACACUGCUGUUGAUGUCCAGCAACCAACAAGAGAUCAAUGACUGGUACCAGAGUCUCAAAGCUGCAGUCAGGCAGCUGAAAGCCUGACCCACCUGAGUACAAGACAGAUUAGCAGGACAACCACCCUCAUGGCAGAAGCUUCCACAAUCUUAUAAAAUGUUCAGGGACACUUAGUAGCACUGAAUUGAGAAGGACUAUACACCGUGUUUGUGAGAUAAUGCUUUGUUAGCCACCCUAAUGUUCAUAGAUAAUGGAAAAAAAGUAUUUGUACAUAAAAAAAAAAAACCACCAUAUAUCAAGGAUUUUCCCCAAUUUAGGUUAGAAACUUCUAGCUUUUUUGCACUUUAGUAAAUUCAUUAUUAACUUAAGGUCAAGCAGAUGAGAGUGUGACUUGUUUUCCCUCAUGAAAUGUGUUUUUAAAGGUAUUUUUGUAUUUUGUUAAAGCCUCUUGAUGGACUUCUAAUAAAAUGGAAGCUGCGCAGCAGUUGGGUUCAGAGAACAGCCAUUUGAAUAUGGUCAACUGCAAAGAAAACAAUUUCAAGAUUAUUAGAAACAUAAAGUCUGUCUGAACACUGA